UCCAUCCGACUCUCUGCUGCACACAUGCUGUGUGAGAGGGAGAGGCAAAGGAGGAAGGGGACUCGGCUUGAGACACUCGGGAGCCAAGUUUAGACAACUUUUAACGCAAACUUUUUUGACCUCCUACUUUCCCGUCGAGUUUACCAUUUUCCAGCAGGCUGAUGAUACUUUUCGAGAAAGGAAACCAAAGUUUAUUAUGAAGCUUGUGGGAGCUGAAGUGAAGGUGCGCCUGAAGGGAAAUGCUUUCACUUUGUUCUUAUAUGGAUUUUUGUCGGCACCUUAACUGAAAAAAACAAAAACAAAAAAACAAAAACACCUGACUCUAGUUUUAAAGUUACAGCCUGUACCAUAGAGUCGUUGGAGGCGUUUGGCCAUAAGGGACGUCAGUCCAGUGCCAAGUUGCUGAGCAGGAGAAAGACGUUCUUCGCAAGAGGUGGAUUUAUGUAAACUAAACCAAAAAAAAAUUCACGACGACUACAAUCUGGAUUCCGCGAUGUAUAUGUGAACGUUUCCCCGAUCCGAAUUGACUUCGUUCGGAAAAGGGGAGCCUUUAAUGGAUUUUUUAAGUGGGACCCGCUAGGAUGGACGUGGUAGAUGAAACAGAAGCGUUACAGAGAUUUUUUGAAGGUCAUGAUAUUACCAGUUCUCUGGAGCCAGCCAACAUUGACACCAGUAUCCUGGAAGAGUACAUCAGCAAGGAGGACGAUAGCACUGACAUCUGCUUCUCAGAGGUCCACAGCACCCCAGGACCAAAUUACUCAUCUCCCCAAGCAGGAGUGUCCUCCUCUGGGGGGUUGGUGUGUGGUGUGAGCCCCCCUAUUCCACUACGCCAAGGAGCCCCUCCGCCUGGGCCCCCUAACUGUCAGAACGCCUACCCCCCAGGUCCGUCCCUGGGCCUCCGACACAACUACCCCUGCCUCGGACAACAGCAGCAGCAGCCGCCACAGCAGCAGGCUCACAUCAAGCCUGAGCACAGGGGCCACUACGCUCCAGGGACACUACCUGAGUCCCCUCCAGACUCAAGCUCAGAGCCGUACUCUCCACAGCAGGUGAAUGAUCCUCACAUGAUCAGGACCAUGACACCAGAGAACAUGUGUCACAUGACUCCAACGCCACCCCUCCCACCACACGGGCACUAUACCAGCAUGCAUCGGGACAUGUACCUAAAGCCUGAGCCCAUGAUAUCACAGUAUCCCAUUGGUCUAGCCACGAGCGGAAGUGGAGACAUGCAGCAGACACAGAUGCUCCAUCAGCUGCUGCAGCAUCCUCAGGGGCAAGACGGCAUCCCUGUUCACCAGGCCAAGAAGAGGAAGCACUCUGACUCUCCCAACAGCACCCUCAAUUCCCAAAUCCUCACAGGUAUCAUCAAACAAGAACCAGGUUUAAUGCAGGAUGCAGACAACACCUACUUGGACCCUAACUAUCAGUGCAUUAAGUGGCAACCUCACCAGCAGAACAAGUGGACACCACUAUAUGACGCAAACUGCAAAGAGCUUCCAAUGCCAACCUACCGUGUUGAUGCUGACAAGGGCUUCAACUUCUCCUUGGCUGAUGAUGCUUUUGUUUGCCAGAAGAAGAACCAUUUCCAGGUCACGGUAUACAUAGGCAUGCUGGGCGACCCCAAGUACAUUAAGACAAGUGAGGGCCUGCAGCCCAUCGACUGCUUCUAUCUCAAACUCAACGGAGUGAAGGUGGAGGCCAUGAACCAGUCCAUCAGUGUGGAGCAGUCCCAGUCUGACCGCAGCAAGAGACCCUUCAAGCCAGUGCUCGUCACCUUGCCCCCGGAGCAGGUCACAAAGGUCACAGUGGGGCGGCUCCACUUUAGCGAGACCACGGCAAAUAACAUGAGGAAGAAAGGCAAACCAAACCCCGACCAGAGGUAUUUCAUGCUGGUGGUGGCGCUGCAUGCUCAGUCCCACAGUCAGAGCUACACUGUGGCUGCUCACGUGUCUGAGAGGAUCAUCGUCAGGGUAACGUCUGGCCAUGUCUGUCUGCCUCCUACAACAAUCAUAUCCCUUGCAUCCAACCCAGGCCAGUUUGAAAGUGACAACGAGGUGCUGUGGCAGCGUGGCCAACUACCAGACUCUGUCUACCACCACGGGAGGGUUGGCAUCAACACGGACCGGCCGGACGAGGCCCUUGUCGUCCAUGGCAACCUGAAGGUCAUGGGCUCCCUGGUGCACCCGUCUGACAUCAGGGCCAAAGAAAAUGUCCAGGAGGUCGACACCACAGACAAUUUGAAACGGAUUUCUCAGAUGAGGCUGGUCCAUUAUCAGUACAAGCCUGAGUUUGCUGCCACCGUGGGCAUAGAGAACACUGCAGAGACUGGAGUGAUCGCUCAGGAGGUUCAGCAAAUUCUGCCUGAAGCAGUGAAGGAGGGGGGUGAUGUGGUGUGCGCCAAUGGAGAAACUAUUCCCAACCUGUUAGUCGUCAACAAGGACCGUAUCUUCAUGGAGAACGUGGGGGCAGUGAAGGAGCUGUGUAAGCUGACAGACAACCUGGAGACUCGUAUAGACGAACUGGAGCGCUGGAGUCGCAAACUGGCCAAGCUGCGUCGUCUUGACAGCAUGAAGAGCACUGUGAGUGGAGGCACUGUCAGCCAAUCAGGGAGCUAUUUUAGCAGGACAGGAAGUGGCCCACUCAAGAAGAAGACAGUCAAACCUGGGAGCAAGAACUCGCUUCCAGAUCAAGGCUGCAUCAGUCAGAGAUUCAUGCAGGGGACCAUCCUGGCACUGGUGAUUGUCAUGGCCUUCAGUGUCAUUUCCAUGUCUGUCCUUUAUGUGCUGACUCUUCACCAUAGAGGAGACGUCACAGAGAAAGAUGGGUCCAGAGCUGCACUGGGAUCUGCACGCAAGAGUCCAUAUGUUCCACUGUCCACCACCCCUGCACCUGUGUGCUGCUCAACCCCAACCAUAAACAACCAAUCAACUACAGUUUUGACAUUGAGUAACAACCAAUCCACAACAGAUUUAGGCAGCCUGGUCCCCACAACAGGCACUAUUAAUAAGAAGGCCAAGUCCAGAACGAUGGAGAAGGAUGGCCACCGUACAAACCGACUGAGUCACACCUCAGCACCUAUGUACUUUGCCAAGUCCAAAAGGCCGGCACCUACAGACCUGGACGGAGUGGGAGCUACCAACCGUCUGCCCGGGGGUCAGCCAGUGCCACGUAGACAACGCAGCCUACACGCAAAGGGACGAAGUUCAGCUCCCUCUCUGACUAGUCUACAUAUUGUGGAGACGAACCAAGAGAUCACAGCACAAAGUUGUGUGACACCCAAGAGCUGCAGCUACACAGUAUCACUCCAUGGAAAAAGAAAUUCCUCCAUCUCACAAAUCACUUUGUACAUGAUGUCCACAACCAGCGUGUGGGUGCAACAAUGUGGAGCCACCAAGGGACGUCUAUGCCCCAACCACACAGAGGCAGAGCUCUAUGGUGGUCAGAGGACAUCAACAAAGGGGACUCGUCACCUGUGGUCCGUGCCUGUGCUGUCUUUCCAGGACAUCACCUAUCACUUUCGUGUCUCCCUGUCUAGUGAAGUGACUUGUGCCACUGAAGGAGAAACCUCAUCGUACUCUGACUACCAUUUUCUCAUUCAAAGCAGCUGUGUCUGAGGAGGAAGACGGUGUGUCCCAAGUGCCUUUAAAUACACCGCAUUUCUCUUCUGUGGUUCCAUUUUUACGCUGUUGUGAUGGGAAAGGGUUUUUACUCAUUCUUGUACAUUUUUUUAAAAGAGAUUUAAUACAGAAGAAACUAUAUACCACUGUCCCCACUGUAAUCCCCUCCAUAUGUAUAUGCAUUAAGACAUCUCUUUCUGCUGUGAUCACUGGAGUUUGAAACACUGUUUAAGUUUCCUAUUUUUAUUCCUGUCACUGAAAAUGUUUUAGAUCAUUGUAAUUGACAACUGUGUUGUGUCACUGUUAACUGCUAUUGUGAAAGUAACAUCCAUGAGUUUAUAGCUCACUUUAUUACUCAUCAGUGUCUUCCAUACCCAAUAUAAGCCACAAUUACUUUUUCGCAGAAUUCACGUUUCUAAAUCAAGUCCAGGCUAAGAUACCGUAGAUGACACUGUGCACAUUUUUUGUUUAGUUUUGUAAUUCUAUGAGUCUGUAUGAACACUGAAACCAGUGUCAACUGAAAACAAAAACACCUUUCAAUAGUUUUAUACACUGGAGAGAAGAUCGUUGGCUUCUGCUGAAGGCCUCAGUGAAUGGUUGCAACUCACAUAGAAAAUAUACCUCAGUAGUGUACACUGGCAAAUGCUGCGUCUCUACAGUGGAGCUUUGUGUUUGAGACUGCUGCAGUCGACUAGACUGUCUUGUGUCCCCUCAUGCAGCAUCUGACUAUACAGAGAGGAAAAUACUGUGCAGUAUUCCUUUUCUCAGUUGUGAUGUUGAAUGAAAGAUCAAAUCGUUGCGUAAAAUUUGUAUGCAAAUGCAUUCAACUGAAAAGCAAACCCCAUGACCAUUCCUUAAAUGAAGGUGUCCAUUUCAGCACAUUCACUGGAUAACAUGCGAUAUGACUGGAUACGUGAACGAAUCACUGGAAAUGAACAUGUAGAAACACUGACAACUCUUGGCAUCUGAUAAUGGAAAUGCAACAAGUCCAACACUGACAAUAUUUCAUGAACACUGGAAUAGCUUACACUGAAUUUUGCUGACUGGACGGAAUGCUGGUGAGGCAAUAAAUGGCAUAUAUCAUUUCAGGUGCACGCCCAAUCAUUUCUGUAAAAUGAUACAUCUCAGCUCAAUGUAAUUGAAUUUAUUAACACACACUGCACAGAUAAAAUUGGAUAUGAUAUACUGAACUCUUUCAUGUAUUUCUCUGGAUGUGCUGAAUACUUUUCCUGUCCCUAUACAAGUAAGUAUAAGCGGUGAUAACUCUUGAUAUAACUGAAUUGUGUAAUUUUUUCCUUUCUAUUAUCAUUUCUUGUUUCAAGAGUAUUCCUCACUUACUCUCACCACCAUGCCUUUUUUUUUUUUUGCUCUUGUCGAAAUUAGUUUUUAAAUUCAUAUUAAAUAUGUCUGUAUUCAGAACAAAAAAAAACACACACACAAAAAAA